CGUAAAGCCGCCGCUUCGUCUCCACGCGACGCCUCCAUCGUCUCCAUCGUCUCGCCGCGGAGAAGAAGAAGAAGAGCUCGCACGCGCGCGCGCAUCCAUCUCUCUCCUAGGGUUCGUGCGUUGAUUCGGCGGCGGUGGAGGUGGAGGAGGAGGGGGUUGGAUUCGGGAGGUUUGUGUGGGGGUGUGGGGGGGGGGGGUGAGAGAUGGCGGGGGGGAAGAAGCGGAAGGCGGAGGCGGCGCGGCUGGAGGAGACGGACAGGGCGCUGUACGGGGCGUUCCGGGGCGCGGCCAACUCGCUGUCCCAGCUCUACACGCUCGCCAUGGGCGGCCAGAAGCUCUCCUUCCAGGCCGGCGAGCGCCACGCCAUGGAAAAGCUCUAUGAAUGGAUCUUGAGGCAGCAUGAAAAUGGCUUGAGGCUGACAGUUGCUGAUAUAGCCUCGCACAUCCAGCACGAGAUCCAGUAUGGAGGUGACAAUGCAUCAGCCUCUCCAAGAUCACAGCAUGCAAGCCAAAGCACUCAAGCUACAGUGCCUAUUCCCAACACAAUGAGCCAGCAGCCAUCACCAAACUUAUUUGCGCUAGGAAAUACAGGAUUGGUGCAGUCCAAGAACUCAGCGGUCUUUUCAAAUGCACUAUCUAGCCCCGUUCGCCGGAGCCUGCAACCAUUCCACCUGGAGCAGGGUGGCGAUGCGGGGUACUUCGCAAACGGCGUUAACCGCGAUCAAAACUCGACGGCUUCGAACGAUUCAUCCAUGGACAUGCAUUCAGACAGCCCAGCUCAUGACUCUUACUGAGUUGUUUGCCCCCUCUGUGGAGCUGGAAGAGCAACACUUCCAGUGGAACAGAAUGUGUGCCUUUGCUACCACAGCUCAUGUAGGACUAUUCAAUUUAACCCCCCUCCCCUAGCCUCCAAUGAUGCUAAGCUUGUAUUCUGUUGCUGCCAAUCACCAGUUACUAGUACCGAUUACAUUGCUAAGAUAUUGUAACUUGCAUGUAUUUAUGUCCAGAGUAAAACUGUACUCGGUUUACCUGUGCAUACUACUACAGUUGGUAUGUGGUGAAAAUGUAGGUGGCAAAGCAAAAUUGAGAAGAAUAAACAGUAUUGUACUGUUGUUCCCUCUCCUAGACUCCUACGCUAACCAUUUCUGAAGUUGUUAUCAAGCUGUCGUUUUGUUCUGUCA